UUGAAUUAACAGGAGGGUUUAAAAUUUGAAGUGAAGAGUUCCAUUAACAAUUUCAGAAGAAAACAUAACACCUUUUAGUGAAGGUGUCAUUCUAACCUGAACCUGAAUUAUUAUGAUUAGAUCUAUAAUUUAAUAGCAAAUUGCAGUAUUUUUCUUUACGGCUAUCCACAUAAUAUAAAGUAUGGCUUACAUUUUACCUGCUUCUAAUAGAUCCAUGAGACCUGACAGGAAUACAUAUGAUGGGAAAAGGUUUGUUCAUGUUAAAAAUCCUUACCUGGAUACUAUGGAUGAAGACAUCCUCUAUCACUUGGAUUUAGGAACAAAAACACACAAUCUGCCAGCAAUGUUUGGGGAUGUCAAGUUUGUCUGCGUCGGUGGGAGCCCCAACAGAAUGAAAGCAUUUGCACUGUUCAUGCACAAGGAGCUUGGGUUGGCAGAAGGUGGAGAAGACAUUAAAGACAUCUGUGCUGGAACUGACAGAUACUGCAUGUUCAAAACUGGCCCUGUGCUUUCCAUCAGUCAUGGGAUGGGUGUCCCCUCCAUUUCUAUUAUGCUUCAUGAACUUAUCAAAUUACUACAUCACGCACGGUGCUGUGACGUUACUGUUAUCAGAAUUGGUACAUCAGGAGGAAUAGGGAUUGCACCUGGGUCUGUUGUAAUAACAGACACAGCUGUAGACUCCUUCUUCAAGCCCCAGUUUGAGCAGGUAAUUUUGGACAAUGUUGUCACUCGAAGUACUGAACUUGACAAGGAGCUGGCUGAAGAACUAUUCAACUGUAGCAAAAAAAUUCUCAACUUCCCAACCCUCAUUGGACAUACAAUGUGUACCUAUGAUUUUUAUGAAGGCCAAGCUCGACUUGAUGGAGCAUUGUGCUCUUUUUCUAGAGAAAGCAAAUUAGAUUACUUGAAGAGAGCAUAUAAAGCUGGUGUCAGGAAUAUCGAAAUGGAAUCUACAGUUUUUGCAGCUAUGUGUGGACUCUGUGGUCUAAAAGCUGCUGUGGUCUGUGUGACACUGCUUGACAGACUUGACUGCGAUCAGAUCAACUUGUCCCAUGAUGUUCUAGUGGAGUACCAGCAACGGCCUCAGCGCCUGAUCUCAAACUUCAUAAAAAAGAAGCUGGGACUUCAUGACCAGAUCUCAUAACUGGGCGACCCAAUCCUCCUCUGCGAGUUGGCAGACCAAGUUGUAAUGCUGAAGCCACUUAUUAUUUGUAGCAUCUUCAGUCUUUCUUUUCUUUCUGCCUGGUAUGGGAGGUUGGACCUUGGGGCUCAUAUGCUAAGCAAGUGCUCCACCGCUGAACCACAGUUCCAGCAUUGUGACAUUUUCAGAUAGCUCUCUUUCCCAUGCUAAAAGCAUAAUGGGAAGACUUCAUGAAAUCCUUUCCUCUGAAAAACUGAAUUUAUUGUAAGAAACCUUAAUACUCACAGUAAGUUACAUUUUAGAAUAAGUUAACUAAAUCAGUCUAAUAAUUAAAAAUUUAAACUUUUGAAUUGUGACAUUUGGAGUUUCAUAUUCAGCAUUAAUUAAGCUCACAUCAAAAUAGAUCAGCCAUUCGUACAUACAGUUACCAGCCACUGUGUUUCUGAAACCAAUCCAGAAAUUCAUGUUAGGACAUUGUCAGGCACAUUUAGGUGUUGGACAAGUGACAGCAAUUGAUCAUGCACUUUCAAAAUAUUUACAGAAAAAAAUGUCAGUGUCAUGUGGAUCUAUAUGAAAGCGCUAUCCUUAGGAAACUAUGACUAUAUUUCAUUUUUACCCCUGCAUGAUUUCACCAUACCACAGAACAGGAUUAGAGGUUUAUGCAUGCCUAUGUUUGUGAUUUUAUCAUAGAACAUAACAGUUCUGGAUUACACAUUUAUUUUCAAAUGAAAACCCUUGGUAGUGCAAAGACAGAUCUUUUUUUCUUCAGAAAUCACCAAUCACUAAAUUCCCUUCCAGCAAUUGUUUUUUUCUUUUAAGAGAAUGCUUUGUCAGAAGAUUAUUAUUUUCUUCCAUUUCAACAUGAACCAAAUAGUCCAAGGAAUUAGUAACAACUGAAUUUAAACUUGAGUCCAGUAUGGUAAAGCAGUACUUUCGUGUGACUUCAAGGCAGAUCUUAUUCAGGCCCUGCACGUGCUCCUGCCAACUCUCUAGGAGGCACAGAGCACUUACCAUGUGCGUCAGGCUCUCCAUGAGUUGAUUCUGCCCUGGGUAUUCUGAAUGUGACACUCAGGAGUUGUAAAGUAUGGAUAGAGGAUAGGUGGGGGAAGAGCUUGAAAAUAUGUAUAGUUGUGAUGUUGUCUAUGUAUAUGUAUAUGGUUGAGGCUCAAAUAAAAUUCCAACCACGAUGAAGA